AUGGAUGAUCCAUGGGGCUCCCCGUGGGCAACUACCGACAACGUCGCCGUGCCGUCACCAAGUCCAUCCAAAACCAUCCUCGAACCUCCGCCCGCCGCCUUCCUCUCUACUCCGAACAACCUAGCAUUGCCUUCAGCCCAAUCGCCUUGGGCAGACGACGAUGCGUUUGGCGAUUGGGCAUCGCCAGACCCUGCCAGGGGCGCCAACGCGUCGCCAUGGGCUUGGGGAAACGAGGUGACACCAAUUGAACAGCUCACACCCAGCUACGAGCCGAGACCGAGACGCAAGAGCAGUACCCCGAAAUGGCCUCUCAGUCGCUCAGCCUCCCCAGGCCUGAAGGCUCCCACGACCCCGAACAGCAUCUCUUCCGGUCGCCUGUCACCAGAUCCGUGGGCAAAUGCUUCCUAUUUCACCAAAGAUGAACCAGAGCCCCUUGCGCAACUACCCCAGAUACCUGAUGUGCCACCGACGGUACUCGAAAACCCCACGAUCGAGCUUGAGCCGGAUACGCCAAAGCAAAUACGUAACACUGCACAAGAAGCUAUCACGAACGAGCCCAUUGCCAUUCAGUUUGACGAGCCGGUACUUGAAUCCACACCUAAAGCCCCUCAGACGACAGAGCCUGUCAUUCCCGACCACCCUCCCGAAGAAGAUGAAGAGCCCACGCAUUCCUCAGUUUCUACGGCGUCAGAAGAUGACGACGACGAUCCACCAGACAUGGGGCAUGCCGAUUCGCCAAUUACAUCGAUUGAAGAUAACCCGCUGCCCAAGACCUUGCAGAGGAAAGCUUCGUCCAAGGUCCAGUCGCUCGUGGACAUGUACGAUGGGAUAUCCAGAAGAACAACAAUCACCCCUGAACGUCAGCUACCUCCAAGACGGAGUGCCAGCCGGGAUCCGGACGCCAGCGCGGAUGACGCAUCGACGCACGAUCGCGAGGAAACCGAAGACGCGAAAGACGAGUUGACCAAGUCACAAUCCGUAGUCGAUUCCGCAGAAGCUAGCACGGAGGAUGGCCGCAGCGACGUUGCCAAGGAGUGGGAGGAAUUUCGGAAGUCGAAGCGACCUGAACACGACCCGUUCGUGGUCGACUUGAGUAAUCUCGAUACCUUAAUUCCCGAGCCUACGGUUGAGACACCGGAGGUUGCUGGGGAAGUCUCGGACAGAAUCAUAAGCGACAGCUUCACAAACAUAUCGGAACGCAAGACGUGGUAUCGGCUUUCCCGUCACGAGUCUCUGCGGAAGUUUAAUGUGGGAGAUGAUGAGAACUAUGUCCGGAUCUCCUGGGCCAAUUCGACGAUGAGAGACGAGACAAUGAAAAUCGUCCGCCGGUGGAUGGAAGAGGACUCGAUGGGAGGCCGCGCUUUCCGGGGUGGCCUAGCUGGAAAAGCAGGCGGCAAGUUCUUCGGUUGGGACGCGACAACAGAAUCAACACCAGUCGACUUGGAUAGAGUCUUUGGCCGGAGGCAGAAACCCCAAGCCUCAGUCCAUCGACCCACGCAUUCGAUACACGCCUUGCCUUCUCUUUCGACAGCUCCUAUGGCCCCUACCUCCAAGGAGAAUACGCCGGCUUCAGCACAGGCAAAGGACAACUGGGGAGGACUUGCUUCGUUUGGCUGGAGCUCCGGAACUGGUGGCACCAAGGCGACACAGGAUGCGAAGCCAGCGGAGCUCGCGACGUUCGCCAAACCGCUUCCCUUGGGCUUCAGAGGAUUUGACAACACGCCCAAGUCCCAUGCCUCAUUGCCGGCUUUCACUACAAGCAAACCAAUGGCGCCCCAGACUCCGACGGUAGAUACAUCGGCGACGAAGGAGGAUGUGGACGAGGACGAUGAAUGGGGAGACAUGGUUUCACCGACGACAGCUGAAGCGACCGACUCGAUGUCUCUGCCAAAGACCAGCUGGGAUUCUUUUUCUACCAACCCGCUACCCGAUGCAGCAAUGGCCGCAGCUUCCGAGCGACCCCUGGCCUCCAACCCCAAACCCGAUGGUCUCGGUAACGGGAAUAAGACAACGGAGGAGAACAAAUCAGGGGCGAGGGAUAUUGGCAAAGUCAUCAGCCCCGCCCCCGCCUCCACACCUGCUGCAUUUGCAGACAUGCCCCAGAGCCAAGCCGGUUCUAUCAGGCCGCCGGAGUCGACGUACACUUUCAGACCGGCGUCAGCGGUCAAGCGACCACCGAACAUCUCCAUAGCGUCCAACUUCAUCGACCCGCCAGACCCAGACCCAUCUCACGAUGGUAAACCCGGUGUAUCUGCGGGAGGCUUGCUCGACACCCCUCUUACAACGGGUCUGGGAACCCCGUCGACAGCACAGCCGCCGCGGAACAGCACCGAAGAUUCUGAUCUCGUGCAGCAGAUUGUGCGGAAUCUACCAGACCUAUCAUACAUGCUAAAAUAG